AUGGCUGCAUCUUCCUUGUCCACGGGAUAUGACAAGCACUCGAACGAUGGCUCUUCUGCAAUUGCAUCAGAUUCCGACGUCGAGGUGCUUGAAACACACGCUGACCGUCCAGGCGGAGGAACACCGUUGAGAAGAUCCUCUUCCUUGUUUUCGCUUUCUUCGAAAGAGGAUAUUCCCAAGCCUGAACAGGUUGAGUAUCUCAAGUUUAUUAACGACAAUAGGCAUUUUAGUUUGAUCAGAAACUUGCACAUGGCCGAUUUCAUCACGUUGCUCAAUGGUUUCAGCGGGUUUUACGCAAUUAUAUCGUGUCUAAGAUACACGUUGACGGGCAAGUCAAACUAUGUGCAAAGAGCGCAUUUCUUUAUUGUCUUGGGGUUGUUUUUUGAUUUUUUCGACGGCAGAGUUGCUAGGUUGAGAAAUAAGUCGUCGUUGAUGGGACAAGAGUUGGACUCGUUGGCGGACUUGGUGAGCUUUGGCGUGAGUCCCGCCACCAUUGCAUUUGCCAUUGGGUUUCAAACUACCGUGGAUGUGUUGAUGUUGACGUUUUGGGUCUUGUGUGGGUUGACCAGAUUGGCAAGAUUCAACAUUUCCGUUAACAACAUCCCCAAGGACAAAACCGGCAAGUCCCAGUAUUUCGAAGGUUUGCCUAUCCCAAGUAAUUUAGUAUGGGUUGGAUUCAUGGCUUUUUUGGUUUACAAAGACUGGAUACAUGCGAACUUGCCACUUGGGGUUGCAUUCAAAAAUACUCCGUUUGAGUUCCAUGUGGUUGCUCUUGGGUUUGCGCUACAGGGGUGUGCCAACAUUUCCAAGUCUUUGAAAAUUCCAAAACCUUAG